AUGAACGCUUUGUUGGUUGUCUUCCUGGCCUCCAUGGCAACUGCAGCUCAAGCUGCUAGCCUCAUGGACGGAUCUGGAAAUUUGAAAAUCAGCGCAGUACCACAGUCUCUGACUUCCGAGUCACUCUUGGCCGUGAUAUCCAAUCCUGAUUUGCCAUCAUCACUGUCAUCCCCUUCUGGCGAUGAUCUUCUGAGUCUCGACUCAAGUGACCCUCCGUGCUUGUCUUGUCGGGGCCCCACUUUGUCCAUCCAACCAUCGGAUCCUGAGUGCGUCUCCAUCUCGCUUUGCUCUUUGACGGCCUCUGCUAUCGUUGUUGACGGAAUUACGGAAGGCGAUGUAGAAGCUGGCUUGUUGAACUCUCGCCAUGCUGUCACUUUAUCGGCUCUCUUCCGUGCCAGAGCUCUAUUGGGUUCUGAUGGUGGCAAACAGUCCCUUUUGCUCUCUGUCAAUGGGGAAGGUUCUGCAUCUCUGGAGAAAGAAAUGAAGGGAGAUUUGAACAUUCUGUUUCUUGCAUCAGUUGCGGAGGCCAAAGAAUCUAUUUCAUUUGAUGAUGCAUACGAUUUGAAGCUUGUUUUCGCUGGAUCUGAUCUCAAAUCCACGGCCAAAGAAGCCGCACAAUCAACAGAUAGGCCUAGUGCAGCCUUGCGAGAAUCACUUCAAGAAGCAAGUAGCAAGAUCGAUGCAUCUCAGAUUACUUCGGAAGUGCUGGAUCCACCACAAGCUGCUAGUGCUCUUGUUGCUGUAGGUGAAGCUCACUCCCAACAAGCAAGAUCUGCGAGGGUCAAGUUUGCUGCCUGGAGAAGUCGUGCUGCCCGUGGAUUGCUAGUGGACAACUUUGGUGCGGAGGCUUCCGAUUUGAGGCAAAAGGCAUUGUCCUCCUUUGAAGCUGAGACACUUGCAGCAGCUGGAUUGCCAACAGUGGCAUCUUACCGUGCGACAAUGAGAAAGCAACUGCAGAGUCUGGUAGACGGCACCAUCACUGAAGUUUACCAAGCACAGUUGACAAAUCUUGAAAAGCAAACUGUGAAGAAACUGAGGGCCACUCUUCUGAAGAACGUGCACAACAACGACGUGGGUGAUGCAAAGGAAGCCAUGGACAACAAUGCUGCUGCACUUCGUGCGGCCAUUUUUACGUUUGAGUCUUCCAUGGAUGAUUUGGAAGUCCCUUCGUUGGGUUUAUCAAAGGAAAAAGCUGUCCGGGACAUGACAGCCAAGCUAAAUGAUGAGGUAAUGUCCUUCCCAGACAGUGCCCCUGCUAAGCUGAAACGAGCGAAACAGGUCAAGAAGGUUGUAUCCAAAAACAAGAAACCAACUGAGAGAGCGAUUAGCUUUGGAUUGGAUGUUGUUGCCAUGUUGAGGCCGGAUGGAUUCGGUAGUCUCCAGGGCUUUGCAGGAUACCAACUGGGAGGCAAUAGUUUGACCUUUGGUGUUCACAACGAUGCAGACGACCCUCAGGUGAUAUCUCAGUUCGGAGGGGUUAGGCCGCCACUGUUACGAGUGCAACCGAAGCUUCGAGUGGAUGUAGAAAUGUAG